CUGCACCGCGGCCGGGAUGCCGCUCGUGGGGCUGGGCACAUGGAAGUCUGCAGCUGGGCAAGUAAAAGCUGCGGUGACGGCUGCCAUCGAUGCCGAGUACCGCCACUUUGACUGUGCCUAUGUGUACCAGAAUGAGAGUGAGAUUGGGGAAGGGAUCCAGCAGAAAAUCCAGGAAGGUGUUGUGAAAAGAGAGGAUCUCUUCGUUGUCAGCAAGCUGUGGUCCACUUUUCAUGAGAAGCCUCUGGUGAAGGGAGCCUGCCAGAAGACUCUUGCUGAUCUGAAACUGGAUUACCUCGAUCUCUACCUCAUGCACUGGCCUCUGGGGUUCAAGUACAGAUUGAGCUGGCCUUUGCUGUAGGAGCCUUAAAGUUGUCCCACAGACCUUGGAUUUCAAAAGGGGCAAAACUCACAAGGACUACCCAUUCAAUGCAGAAUACUGAAGAUGCUCAUAUCCUGCCCUCCUUCAGAGCUUGGUCUGGUAUUCUUCCUAUCAAUUUACCUGAAUUUCUUAUUACAUUUCUCCUCCUGCAGCCAGUGAAGUCACAGCAUAUGUAUUCAGUGAUCAUCUUUUAUUUACUCUAUCUGAAAGAAACAGUAAAGUUGCUCCAAAAGAAUAAAAUGGGGGCUGUAAUAAUUUUCUGUCAAAAUGUGGAUUGAGUAAUCCACAUUUAGCGAGCGAGAGACUUUGAACUACACAUUCCCAUUUUUAAUUUCUCUUGCUUCAACACAACAGGCUGAGGAGGAUAGUUGGCAGUUAUGGGAGAAAAAUCUGAGAAAUGUGAACUAAAGGCCAGCAGUUUUAUCACUCCAGAAGUAACUGAGAAAGGAGUUUUUCCUACUUAGGAAAAACUUUCCCUUAGGAAUAAAAAAAAAAAAAAAAAGAAAAA